CUUCUACCAAUUAAGAAUAAAGCAGGACACAGCCAAAAUGUUGACAUUGACUCUAAAUAAACCGUCAAUCAGCUCAGAUGAUUCCCACUGUGUAGGUUUAUGAUAUUCCCAGUGUGUAGGUUUAUCAGAUCCCCAUUGUUGCAGCUUUGUAUUUGAUUAUUCCAAGAAGUGAACUUAUGACUCUAAAUCAACCAAGUUAACCAUAAAUAACUCUGACCUUAUGACACAAUUGCCCAACGUCUUUUAAUUGGUUCAAUUGUUUACUGAUUCAAUUCUAUACUGUUGCAAAUGAAUCCUGUGGGGUCGGGCCUGUUUCUGCAAUGUUUCCUAUGAUGUUUCAUCAAAGAUGAUGAAAACAGGCUGUCUUGUGUUGAAACAUAAACUGGAAUAUUGCUGAAGGAUUGCAGAAGUCAUAUAUUGGCAAUAGAAUGACAACUACCUAGCAGAGAAAUAGAGUUGCAAAGAGAGAUUGACUAAGGAGUCUGGGUCAAAGGGGGAUUUCCAAAAUGUGUUUUCCUUAAACAAGUAAGCUACACCAUAGGCUCUCUGAAGGAGUAAAUAUACAAGUCUGAUUUUGACUACAAUGAAAUGAUUGUGCAUUACAAUAAACUUGGUGGAGUUUGUGAAAAAAUGCUAGGUAAAGGAUCUGAAGUCCUCUUAAGUGAUUUGGAUUAAGUUCUGGACCUUGAACCAUUACUUGGCUUAUUUACACCAGAGCUGGAACAAUCCGAUCAGGAAUGAGCAUAGCAUCAUCUUGGUCAGACAGUGGAAAAGGAAACCAAGACAUCUGAUUUGUUAAAUUUGUUUACAUCCUCAAUGUUUUCUUCCAUUGUAAGUUGCCUGUUCAUGGGCAGAACAUCAGUCACGUAACUUACCGACUGUACGUUGUCUGGGUAGGAGAGGGCCCGCCCAUACGGUUAUUACUUUUCUGCAACUCUCAAAGACUAUGACAACAUUCACCAAUAUACUUCCUGUUUUAAGCGUAGGAAGACAGAGAUUAUUUCAAUGGAGACAACUGGACCAGUAAUGUCUCGCCAAGAUGGGAAGACAACCUGUCUGAGUUUAAGAUCAACGUCCGGUCCUCGCUAUGGAUCUAUUUCUGACCCCCCACUAACUGAGGCCCCCCCUGCGGAGAGCAGGGUGAUCUCACCAAAGCGCUCCUACAUAGCAGUGGCUGUUCUCUGCUAUGUGAACUUAAUCAACUACAUCGAUCGAUACACAAUCGCAGGAGUCCUUCUGAAUAUCCAGAAAUUCUUUGAAAUCAGUGACAGCACCUCUGGACUGUUACAGACAGUUUUCAUCUUCAGUUUCAUAUUCUUGGCUCCUAUCUUUGGCUACCUUGGUGACCGAUACAACAGGAAGUUCAUCAUGAUUGGUGCGCUGACUGUGUGGCUUAUGACUGCCUUGGGCAGCUCUUUCGUCUCCGAGUCGAAGUUCUGGUUGUUGGUGUUUCUGAGAGCACUCGUUGGCACAGGAGAGGCAGGGUACUCCACCAUCGCCCCCACCAUCAUAGGGGACCUCUUCUCUGGCACCAAGAGGACCUUGAUGAUCUCGGCCUUCUACAUUUUCAUCCCUGUUGGAAGUGGCCUUGGAUACAUAAUAGGAUCCUCCGUUACCAGCGCUACAGGGGACUGGCGAUGGGCCCUUCGGCUGGUCCCCAUCUUGGGCUCCCUGGGGCUGGUGCUGCUGGUCGUCCUGUGUCCCAACCCCCCCAGAGGGGGAGCAGACACCCACAGAGAGAGCCUGGCAGCCCACAGCCCCUACAUGGAGGAUAUCAAGUACCUUUUGAAAAAUAAGAGUUAUGUGUGGUCCUCUCUGGGAGUGACAGCCAUGGCCUUCCUGACGGGGGCCCUGGCCUUCUGGACCCCCACAUUCCUCUCCAGAGCUCAGGUGUCUCAGGGGAUCCGGCCCCCCUGCACCACGGAACCCUGCGACCCCUCUGACAGUUACAUCUUUGGUGCCGUGACGGUGGUGACAGGGAUUCUCGGGGUGACCCUGGGUUCCACCCUCUCCAGGAAGCUGAGGGACAAGGUCCCCAACAUUGACCCGCUCAUCUGCGCCGUGGGCAUGCUCAGCUCCGCCCCCUGUCUCUUCACAGCCAUCAUACUAGCGUCCACAAGCAUUCCAGCCACUUAUGUGUUCAUUGGCAUUGGGGGGACCCUUAUAUCUCUGAACUGGCCCAUCUUGGCUGACAUCUUGCUGUAUGUCGUCGUACCAACCAAAAGAGCCACAGCUGAAGCUCUUCAGAUUGUCGUCCUUCACCUUCUGGGGGAUGCGGGGAGUCCAUACCUGAUAGGCGUGAUCUCAGACACCCUGAGCACUUACGAACCUGCGUCUGACGCGUGGAGCUUCCGGAGCUUGGAGUACAGCUUGCUGCUCUGCCCCUUCAUGGGGGUAGUGGGGGGGCUGUUCUUCCUCAUGACGGCCCUCUACAUCACACAGGACCGGAAGGACGCCCAGCUGCUGACUUCAGGACAGCCUCCUCCUGACGCUCUCAACACUAGGAUCCACUCAACCCUAGAGUUAGAAGGUCAGUCUGAGGUCUGUGGAUAACGUUGCGUGCCGGAGGAUGAUACAAAAUUGCAGAUUGCUGCCCCCAAACCCAAAGAUGUCAAUUGUAAGCUGUUUGAACUGUAAAUGGGAUAUUCUGUUGAACUUUCUAUAGCCACAUAUGAUUUUGUACUUUUGUAAUCUGUUUUGGUGGAUCCUUCUGUGAGGGUCCACUGCUGUUCCCUCCUGGCUGAUCUGAGCCGUGCCCUCCACAGAAACAUCCCAUCCCACAUCCAACAGACCAUAAAACACAUCAAACUUCCAACAUCCCGUCAAACGUCACACAUCCAACAUCCCAUCCAACACACAGGGGUGAUUUGCGGAUUUGCCUAGCCAGCUGUUUAGCAGCGAGCUGCAGCCUGACCCUCAGACUCCCUCCACGUCCCAGCCAGCACCUGCUGUCUGCUAAUGAAGACCGGGCCUGGGGCUCUAACACACACACACUUGUGCCUGAGAAAGAGGCUUCUCCUCCACCUCGUAGUCAGGGAGUGUCCCCCCCCCCCCCCGUCCCCCCGUCCCUCGCCACCUCACAUGAGACUUCCUUCUCCGGUCACGGUUAGGGAUAUGCAGCUCAGUUAUUGCUAUUUAUUGUGAAUGUACGUUCAUUCGUAUUCUGUUUGUAAUGUGAAGUGCUAUUUGAUGUAAAUAUGCAAUGGCAUAUCAUGUGUCUUGAUGUGUCAUUGAUUUUUUUGGUAUACCGUGUGCGCAAUUUAUAAACACUCCACUAGAUGUCACUGUCUCACUAUUUAAUCAGUAUUGCCAGGCUGUGAUAUUGCUACACAGGCUUCAGAUAGUCGACCAUUAGUGAAGCUUGCAGGUUUUGACUGGAUAUUAAGCACAUUCAUCAUCUGUCACAACAAUAUGCUGGCCACAUGCAAACUUAAUGGGCUUUUAAUGUGCCUCUGUGUUUUGGGCAGUGCCAGUAAUAAAUUGGAUGGCCUUUAUAAUUUGACUAAUAAGCAUACCUGAUAGAGGUAAUUAGAAAUCUACUAACACAAGGGAUGAGACUUCUCCUUCCAUGACGAUCAUGCAGAUCCUAACCCUCUCUCCGCUCAGUUCUCCUCUGACAGCCCAGGAUGGAAGCAGCAACUGGGACAUGUUCGUGACAUGCCCUGUAUCCGGAUACGGACAUAACUGUCGGGACUAUUGUUUGUGCUCCUUCACACUGUCACACAUCCACUUGUGAAAUGUUGGUAGAAGAGACAUGCUGUACAUGACCUUACAGCUGACAGGAUGACUUAUCACCACACCGCAAUCAUGUUCCCAGUUCUAGGAGUGUUUAUUUGUGACGGCCAUUGGACCCCAAGCUCAGCCAUUAGUAGUUGCCCUGUGCUGGGUUUAGAAAACAUGUAUGUAGGCUCCAACAUUCCUCACCUGAGGGCAGGCCUGUGUUCUCACCGACCAGCACGAGAGGUAUCCCAGCCUGAGAGACAUGAUUCAGGUUUGCACGCUGUGAAGUGACAGGGACCUGUCAAUCAAAGACAAAGUUGUCCUGCCAGCUGCUGUGGAGGUGUCUGAUGUCAUCUGGCCGGGACGGACAUUGGCAUGUCAUCACAUGUCCUCAUCAUGCAGGGGCAGGGCUGACCCCAGGGCAAGGUCAAAGGUCAUUGUCCUGGCAGGAGGUAGGCUCAAAUGCAAGGCCACUCACGCUACAGUAGCAUUCAUUGUAUAUGGAACAUAAAGGAACGCUAAAGAGAAUGGGCUUUGGGGGGGGUGUUUCCAGAGCAACAAUGUUGAGUGUGCAGUUAUGCCUUGACUGAGGAGGGGAAAUAUUUUGGUUUUGGAGAUCUGAAACUACUUCUUUACUGCACAAGCCUGUUGUCAAUUUCCUCACCCCUCUUGUUUUUCCGCAAAGCCACUUGGUGUAAAUACAGGUUCUUCCUAUUGUUGUUUUCUACCACUAGUUAACAAUGAGCUUGUCGUUUUCCAGACGUCAUGCCGUGUACCCAGUUCCAUGGUAGUUUGGCAUAUGUAGGUAUGUACGUGCAAUAGUAAGCCCACACAUACACAUACACACACACACACACACACACACAGGAGCUAUGUGGAAAACAUUCCAGAGGUACCGUCUCGACCUGCAAUUAAAACACAAUAGGUAUUGUGUACCCCGUUUCUUAUGACUUUAUCUCCAUACUUCUUGGUUUCCUCUGUUGGCCCUAGCUGUACAGGAAGCUGUCACAAUGGCUAAUAAAUUUGCGGGGGCGAUCAAUGGAAAGAGCCAGGAGUCGGGGGGAGGGGGGGCGGAUAUGGUCCAUGUUUACUCAGGAAUAGGGCACAUUCCACAGUGAUGCGUUGACCAUACAAAACACUCUGUUGACCACUGAAAUAUGUACACAUGGACAUUGGGCAGUACAUGCACAAACACACACACAAAUGCACACAUACACUUAGUUAGUAGUUAAUACACUCGUUUAGAAUUUCUUUUUCACGUUUGUUUGGCAUUGAGUUACACUGAAAUGUGACAAAGUUUCAGCCAUCUUAACCAGCCUUGCCUCCUUCAAAAGGUGCUGAAUGAUAGGACAAUGUCUGAUGCUAUUGGGGAUGUAAAGUUGCACUCCCCUACUUAUC